AUGGAUCGUCACGCAACACCGCCGUUUAUGCUACGGCUCUUCUAUCGAACCGGCGCAUUUCACAGACCCGAUGAGUUCAAUACGUCGCAGCUCCCACCGCAUAUGCCAAUAUAUACCUGGCCCGACUGCACCUUAACGGAGCUUACUUAUAUUAUCGCUGCCUUGAAGCCAUCUCUCGUCCCUGACCCGGCCAUCGGCACCCGUUUCGCAUUCCGCCUCAUCUUUCCAGACACGCGAAACACCUCGGGUCCAACGUCGUCCAAGUACACUGUUAAAGAUUUAGGUAGCGUGAUAGUUGGUAAUGGGGGGCGAGGAUUGGACCCUGACGACCCUGAGGCUGAGAAGACGCUCGACUCCGAAGGAGAUAAGACUCUAAAGGAGGCCAGGUUUGUCGUCGGUGAUUUUAUAUCGUGCGCCAUCCUCCCUCCCCUACCGGACGGUUCCGUUGCCCCUGUUUCUAGCGCAAGGGUCGGACGCAGUACCGGUGCCAGCGAGCCCAGGGCUUCUAUAGGUCAUGUCCCCAGUAGCUCCUUCGGCAGAAGAGAACAGGAGAACGGGACCGACCGCUCUGGUAGACUAAGGAAUAGCGGGAGGGGAUACGAUGGGUUUGGAAGUCGUGGUAGCAUACCGAUGGGUGAAUGGAGGAGGGGAGAACGCUUACCUGAGUCGCCCCCUGUAGGACGUGGCAGAGGGACAAGACGGGCAUAG